AUGCAUACAAUCACAAGUCACAAUCUACCCACCGCUACAAUGCCUCCGACUUCUGAAGCUGCCCCCGCCAACUUCAGCUCUGGGGAGUCUGGAUCUUGCCUUACAAACCCUAUGCUUUGGAACUGGAACACUAUUGGUGUCUGCUUUAUUUCCGAGGGGUGGUAUAUGGAUUCCGGGGCCUUGUUUGCCACCACCUGCCUCGCCGCCUUUGGUUUGGCCGUAUUUCUUCAAUUCGCACGUCGUGCCUCUAGAGAAUGGGAGCGUCACCUAUUCGCCAGAAACAUCGGCAAUCCUCAAGCAUUCUUUGAUCCCAUUAAUGGAAUUGAACUUGCCCCCCUUCAACCCGCUGCUGCUCAACCCGCUGCCGCUCAACCUGCUGCCGCUCAACCUGCUGAUGCUCAAUCUGCUGGUGGUCAAUCUGCUGGUGGUCAAUCUGCUGGUGGUCAACCUGUUGAUGCUGCUCAGCCUGCUCAGCCUGGUGGUGGUCAAUCUGCCGAUGGUCAACCUGCUGCCGCUCAACCUGCUCAGCCUGCUCAACCUGCUCAACCUGCUCAGCCUGCUCAGCCUGCUCAGCCUGCUCAGCCUGCUCCCGCUAAUGCCCCCGGCAAUGGUCAAGAUGCCGCCAACCGCCUUCCCCCUUUUUGUCCCAGCUACGUGGAACAUAUUAUCGAGGCUUCACUGUGCACGCUUCGGCUUGUCAUGACCUAUGUCCUCAUACUAAUGGCUGUUUCCUUCAAUGGUUACAUCAUCAUCUGUAUCUUCAGCGGUCAUUUCUUUGGUAAUGUAAUGUUCUGGCGAGAUCCGGUGGCCAAAGCCAACAAACCAAAUGUUUACCAGCGUGUUUUCCAGCGGCCUAUCGUUUUUGGUAAUGUUUAG